AUGAGAAUUUUAAAAUUCCCAUCCCUAUUAAUAUGCGUUGCAUUCUUGAUUAAUCAGAAAUAUGGCUAUUCAUAUAACACAUAUAAAAUUAAAGAAAAUGAAACAACCUUGAAAGGUUAUAUCCCAAAAGAGGAUAUUGAAACAAAUAAUAUAAACCAUUUAAAAGUAAAACAUGAAAAAAAUAUUUUUAAAAACAAGAGAUAUAAUAAUAGAUUAUAUAAUACAUUAUAUCCUACUGACGAUAAUAAAAAUUCAGAAUUUUUUAAUACCCAUAACACAAGCAUAUAUAAAAAUGAAGAAAAUUCACAGCAUGCUAUCCCUAAAUCUUAUAGUGAUACUAUAAAUAACUCAAUAAACAAUUUUGGGGAUAUAGUAAAUGAUGUGGAAAAUUCUAACAAAACUCAAACUAAUAAAGAAGGGCUUAAUCAAAAUGAUAAUUAUGCUACUGAAAAUAAAAAAGGAGUUUUUGAAAUAUUUGGAAAUAAUGAAAAAGUUAAAAGUGAAUCGAAAUUUGGAAUAUUUAAUUAUCUAAAAAGUUAUUUUGAAAAAUCACCAUAUAUAACAAAUUUUUAUAAUUUUGUUGAAAUGUUUUUUAAUAAAUAUGAUCAGCGUGUUUUAGAAUCAACCACAUUUUUUAAUUUUGAUGAAACAUUAUUUUAA